AGGCCAGCAGUGGAGUGCCAUGGGAUAAAGCCCGAACCUUGAGCUUUUAUACCCUCGGUCCCCUUCAGAGUCAGUUAGGAUGUAUCGGCGGCCUGAUGGCGGUAGGUACCGCAACGCUUUCCAUUCGUGGUUCUCACUUUCGUGUGGAAAUGGUUCAGUGGGGGACCGAGCACCGUAGGGUCAGAACGGAGCCAUGCCAGCUGUGAUUCUAUAGAUAUCUUUCACAUCGGUCCAGUCCGGUAUCCGAGUGAUGGGAGUAGACGUUGGUCACAGCGCACGAAUGCAGCGAUGCGGCCGGAUUGCUCAGCUAGAAUCGCACUUUCGUCUUGUUUCAUUCUUUUACUGCUCGAGAGGGCAUUCUCAGCAGUUCAUGCUCUCUUGGGUUCACUUUCUGUCGGCGAACACAUACACGCUGCGCAGUUCGACAUGAUGCUCAGAGCAGGAGGUGGAGUCAGAGGAGUCCCGUGGCUCGAUCGGCCGCUGCGGAACUGCGGAAGAGAUCUUGUGGCCCGAGGCAGCAACGGAUCGAUUGCGGGCGUUCAUCUUGUGCAGAUUGUCGACACGCAAGUGCAACGUCAGGCUCGUUA